AUGUCCGUGGUUCGCGCGAUCUUCUUUAUGCUCCCCCUUGUGGCAGCAGAGCAGUCGCUUCGUGGCGCUGAGCCAAGGAAGCUGUUUGACGAUGUGGCUUGCACUGGCAAUGGAGGCCUUGCGCAGCACACUCCGUCUUGCUACGGUGGCCAAGUGCUCGUCGAGAGCUUCUCCCUGCACGUUCUCAGCUACGACGGCUCGACAGGCACUGUCGACAUGAAGGCCGAAGGCCCCCAGUCUGCCGAGUGUGAUGGUGCGGAGUUCCAGACCGAUGACAACAUGAUCACCAUCGAGAAUGAUCACGGGUGCGGCCUGGGCAACUAUGAGUACUCCGUAAGGUACUGCCCAGAUCAGGACUAUGUCAUUGUAAACUUGGUGAAGCCGUACGACGUGCGUGUUGUGCUGCAGAGUCAGACGUGCAAAAACAUCAUGACGAUCGAGACGCAGGUCAGUGAUGGCAGCUUCGCGCCACAGGUGAGUGUGCCUCUGGCCGUACUGGACCAGAUCAGUGGCGGGGCUUCUGGGCCGGCCGAGCCAGCGCCUGCACUGGCCACACAGCCCUUCUCCAUCACGGUCUACGACAGCAAUGGAGAGCCGAUCCGAGGCAUCCAGCUCGAGCAGCCCAUGACCCUGCAGCUGGCUGAAGAUGCCAACGACUCCAUCUCCUGCGCGUUCUUUAACCAGACCUCUUUCCGGUGGUCGACCUCCGGAUUAAGGCGGGUGCGACCAAACAUGGGAAAUUCCAGCACUCCGACGGCCGGAGCGCCGGUGCCCCUCAUCUGCGAGACGGACCACUUGAGUAUCUUCAGCGGCGUCGUGGCUAUUCCUGCUGCAGACAUGGAGGGCUACGUGGAGCUCCCCUUCGCGCGGAGCCCAGAAGAGUCCAACGUUGCAAAUGACGGCAUCAGCCCGGGCACGGACGGCAGCAACGGCGGCGGAGACUCGUCGGGGUCUCGGAGGCUCUCUUCCGUAAGGCAGGGAGGCCGCGACUCAUUCGGGUCAUUCGGGGGCUCGAACUUCGGAGUUGAAGCGAAACCUAGCGGCUUCCUGGGCCCUGUGGUCGAUGUGGUGGAUGACGUCCUGAGAUGCACCAGGGCUGCCGGCAUCUUCUCAGCUGAGGGCAUGGACGCGGUGGGACGAGGCGAGUGGACGUCGACAAGCGCCGCCACCGCUCUCUUUGUGAGCCUCGCGCUCUUCGCUGCUGCGACUUUCGGGGCCUUUGCCCGCGAUAUCAGUCGCAACCAGACCAAGUGGAUGAGCCAGCUGAUGUCUUUGUCCUACCCGGACAAUGAGCAUGAGGAAGAGGACGAAGAGGAGGAGAAGGAGGAGAAGGCGCGGAGCCUUUGCAAGUACUGCAUCCUGGUUCUGCAGGGCCUGCAGGCCGGCGUGGACCCCGAGUCCCUUGAGCUUGCGAUCCUGGUGAGGACCGUGGGCAGCAAGGAAGGGAGCGAGCUGACGAAGGGGAAGAGCCCCCUCUAUGCCGCAGCCGUGAAGUUGGCAGACGACCCUUGGCUCUACGCGGGUUGUGAUCUUCAUACUUCACAUGCCGAAGCCGGGAAGAUCGCCAACGUCCCGUCGGGCUACGCCAGGGCAACGAACCUCUUCCUGGAGGCCAACUGGCUCGCUCGGAUGCUGCUGCUCUUCCCGGCGGUGCACCGUUCUCUAUCAGCAGGGCACGGCAGCCUCAUCUACUCCCGCGCCCCGGACCUUGCUGCCCAUGGCAUUCCACAUCGAUGCAACAUCAGGGUCUUGGUAGCUGUUGCGGCUUGGCUCCAGCUGAUGUUGUCGAGAGCAGAUUACACAUUUUUCCCAAGCUUUGAAAAUGCAGAGAUCCCGAACAACCUCCUCACCAUGGGCAACCUUAGCAGCUAUGGCGGCCCGGUGUCUGAGAUUGCUCGCUUGGAGGAGCGGGUGCGGAGGCUGUUGGCAGAUGUCCGGGAGAGGCGAAUCGACCGGCGAACGAUGAUGGAGGCGGGCAUGCAUAUACGGCGUUCUGUCGAUGAACUGGUGGUUGCUGCAGAUGAUCGCGAGACAAGACAGCGGGGUCACACUCUCCGCAAGCACGUCUCUUUCCUGCUGGACUCUGACGGCUUGCUGUCCGACUUAGAACAGCGGCUGCGGCAACUUGAAGACCAAGUGCAGUCUGUUGAGGUGUCGGAGCAGGCUGCGCAAGGUCAGGGGAGGAGUAUCUGGGAAGCUGCAGACAGACUGGUGUUGGCCAGGGACGACCAGGCUGCAGACAACCGGAGGCGCGACCUGCAGGGAAGAAUCACAGCAUUGCUGGAUUCGCUUCUUCGCAUUUCCGCGCUGGAAGAACGCCUGCAGAAGCUUGUGGAACGCGCCUGUAUUGGUAUCCCCCGCGACGCAGAGCAACAGGCGGCCCAUAUCCGUUUGGAAGCCAACAGCCUUCAACUUGUCCCCUUUGCGCUUGGCAGGAGAAAGGAUCUGAUCAAUCGGGUCCAAUCUUUCGUUGCGCUUGUGACGGUGAGGGAGCGGAGCGCUGCUGAGAUUGCCAACCUGGAAGAAAGGGUCCGGAGGCUUGUGAGUGCUGUGCAAGAGCACCAGCUAGACCGCAGCAGAAUGGCGGAUGAGGGAAUGAACAUACUGCAUGCCAUUGACGGUUUGGCAGUUGCAGAGGACGACCAGCAGGCAAAAGAGCGCAGGCACGGCCUGCGUGAAAGCAUUUCAUUUCUGCUAGACUCCGACGAUCACCUGUCUGACUUAGAGGAGCAGCUGCGCUCGCUGCGCUCGCUUGAAGUGAAGGGAGCCAUCUCGAGGCAAUCCAUGGAAGCGGCCAGGAGUAUCCGUGCUGCUGCUGACAGGCUGGUCCUGGCCAGAGAUGACCAGGCUGCCGAGCGCCGACGAGAAUCCUUGCGGCGCCGCAUCGAUGGCUUCGCGGGUGAAUUGAGUGAGCUGUCAGUACUGGAGGAGCGGCUACGAGGGCUGGAGCAAGAUGUGCGAAACAAUCGCAUCUCAAAGCGGUCAGCCGAAGAAGAAGCCACCCAAAUCAGCAUAGCCGCAGACAACUUGGAGCUGGAUACUCAGGUCCGGGGGAGGAGGAGGCUCUUACUGGAGCGGAUCCGUCUCUUGUCAGACGUUUCGGGAUCAGGCUGCAAGCGCCCAGCUCAGUCCUCGAAAAGCGAGGGACUUACGGAGCGUGCGCAGAAGCGGCAGCGGUGA